AUGGCAACCGGUGGCGGUGGUGGCAGCGGUUCUGCUUCAAACCAUGAGUCGAACUGUACUCAGAACGGAGCUUCGGUUGCGCUCUUCAACGUGCCGAGCGCCGCUCUUGGCCCGUCCGCCUCCUCGCCCGUGUUCGCCGUUCACCGGGAGGCCGGCGUGUACAAUUGGCAGGCGACGAAGAGCUCCCUGAAGGAGCGGUUCGCCUACCUCUUCAACAAUGAACUGCUUAGUGACGUCAGGUUUAUAGUGGGCAAGGGCAGGCAGGCGCAGAGGAUACCGGCCCAUAAGUUCGUCUUGGCUGCUGGCAGUGCCGUGUUUGAUGCUAUGUUCAACGGGGGGAUGGCGACCACCUCGACUGAGAUCGAGCUGCCCGACGCCGAACCAGCGGCUUUCCUCUCGUUGCUCAGGUUCCUGUAUUCAGAUGACGUUCACAUCAGUCCGGGGAGCGUGAUGGCCACUCUAAACACGGCUAAAAAAUACGCCGUCCCCGCUCUGGCGACGCACUGUGUGGAGUUUGUCAGCAAGCACCUUAAAGCAGAUAACGCAUUUAUGCUCCUCACGCAGGCGAGGUUGUUUGAUGACCCUCAGAUAGCAAGUCUCUGUUUGGACACCAUAGACAAAAACACUGCGGAGGCAGUCAAUGCUGAUGGCUUCACGGAUAUCGACCUCGACAUACUGUGCACAAUCCUGGAACGAGACACACUGAGCAUCAGGGAGAACCGGCUUUUGGGGGCUGUGGUACGUUGGGCUGAAGCCGAGUGUAGUAGACAACAGCUUCCGGCAACUUCAGAGAACAAACAAAGGGUACUUGGGAAAGCCCUUCCACUCAUUCGCUUCCCACUUAUGAGUGUUGAGAAGUUUCCCACAGCAAAUCCUAAACCACGACCCAACAACAUGGACAGGCCCCGCUGCUGCCUCCGCGGAGAAGAAUGCAGCAUUAAUAGAUUCCAGCAUGUGGAGAGUCGAUGGGGCUACAGCGGUACCAGUGACAGAAUCAGGUUCAACGUCAGUAGACGAAUAUCCAUAGUGGGUUUCGGUCUUUACGGCUCCAUCCAUGGACACACGGACUACCAGGUCAACAUACAGAUAAUGGAGAGCGACAAACACGUCACCGUUGGACAGAACGACACGGGUUUCAGCUGUGACGGCACGUCGAACACUUUCAGAGUUAUGUUCACCGAGCCUGUGGAAAUCCUACCUAACGUCAGCUAUACAGCAUGUGCCACUUUAAAGGGACCUGACUCCCACUACGGCACAAAGGGGUUGAAGAAGAUCACCAAGGAAUCGGCAACCGGGACUAAGACAACAUUUGUCUUUUUCAAAUCUCCCGGUAACAAUAACGGUACCUCAGUGGAAGACGGCCAGAUACCAGAGAUCAUCUACUACGCCUAG